UAGCACACUCUCCACUCAUCAGGUCCUCCCUUCCUUAACCAAGAAGUAUAUAGCUAGCUAAGCAAGCCAGUGACCCAGUGUGUAUAAAGAGAUCACUGACAGGGCCACAGCCAGCGAGUAGUAGACAGUAGUACCUCAGCUCGAUCAGCUAGUGGCAAUGGAAGCGAUGCGGCUGCUCGUCCAAGUGGCGGUCACAUCAGCGUUGCUGAUGGCGGCGGCGGUGUCGGCGCAGCUGCGGGUGGGGUUCUACGACAGCUCGUGCCCGGCGGCAGAGAUCAUCGUUCAGCAGGAAGUGAGCAGCGCGGUGGCAGCCAACCCGGGCCUCGCCGCCGGCCUCCUCCGGCUGCAUUUCCACGACUGCUUCGUGGGAGGCUGCGAGGCGUCGGUGCUGGUGGACUCGACGGCGAGCAACACGGCGGAGAAGGACGCCGGGCCGAACAAGAGCCUCCGUGGGUUCGAGGUGAUCGACCGGAUCAAGGCCCGGGUGGAGCAGGCGUGCUUCGGCGUCGUCUCCUGCGCCGACAUCCUCGCCUUCGCCGCCAGGGACGGCAUCGCGCUGACGGGCGGCAACGGGUACCAGGUCCCAGCGGGCCGUCGAGACGGGAGCGUGUCAAAGGCAAGCGACACGAGCGGCAACCUGCCUCCGCCGACCCCGAGCGUGCCGCAGCUCACGGCGAUCUUCGCGUCCAAGGGGCUGACACAGAAGGACAUGGUAACACUCUCCGGAGCCCACACCAUCGGGGGCUCCCACUGCACCUCCUUCAGCAGCCGCCUCCAGACCCCCGGCCCACAGACCCCCGACCCGACCAUGGACCCGGGCUACGUGGCCCAGCUAGCCUCGCAGUGCUCAUCGUCCUCGUCGGGCAUGGUGCCCAUGGACGCCGUGACUCCCAACACCUUCGACGAAGGGUACUUCAAGGGCGUCAUGGCCAACCGCGGCCUGCUGGCCUCCGACCAGGCGCUGCUCGGCGACGGGGCCACCGCCGGCCAGGUGGUCGCCUACGCCAACGACCCGGCCACGUUCCAGAGCGACUUCGCCGCCGCCAUGGUCAAGAUGGGAUACGUCGGCGUGCUCACCGGCAGCAGCGGCAAGAUCAGGGCCAACUGCAGGGUCGUCUGAUACAUGCGAUCCAUCCUUGAUUGCAAACAUAUAUCAGGCUAGGAACCUCGAUCUUUUUUGUCUCAAGUAAAUUAAAGAGUGGCGAAUGAUGGGUUUUGAUUGAUUGGUUUGGACUGGACGUGGUAGCUUAUAUAAUUCCAGCGUUCUUAAUUUCACCAUGUACGUAUUUUUCGCUGCCUAUUCUUGAUCGAUCUGUAUUGUUGAUUCUUUGUUUGUCUUGAGAAAAUUUGUAACUAGCUCGUGAGUACUGUUCGUGUGCCAAACUAAUGGUGCUAAAUAUAUACUCUAAUAUAUAAAGGGCUAAUUAUUUUGUAAGA